AUGUCGAGCCAACAGAAGCAUCGAAUUCAGGUUCCCGACGGGCUAAGGGAUGUGCUGCUGGAGUUCUCCAUAGCGUAUUUGCUCGAGCAGCCGGGCGACGUGAUCGAUUACGCGGUGACGUUCUUCACAAAGCUGCAGGAAGACCGCAAAACAACGAUGAUCACGUCAGCUGAGCCGACCUCGCCGGACGAGAGCAUAAUGUCACACGACGAAGAACCGCUAGUGAAUCGAUAUGCAUCGCGUAGGAAAUCUGUGUUUGCCGAAACGUACGAUCCGGAAAAUGACGACGAAGAUGAGGGUGCCCGAGCAAUCUUUCCCAAAACGGACGAACAGCGAGCCCGGUUGUGUGAUUCAGUCAAAAACAUUCUCCUUUUCCGAUCGCUGGAUAAGGAACAGAUGAACGAAGUUCUCGAUGCGAUGUUCGAAAAGAUAGUGCAAGCGAAAGACUAUAUCAUCAAGCAGGGCGAUGAUGGUGACAACUUUUACGUCAUAGAGUCCGGCAUGUAUAACGCGUAUGUAGGCGAAGACCAGAAGCACAUACAUACGUAUGAUAAUAGAGGAAGCUUUGGUGAGCUUGCCCUGCUGUACAACAUGCCAAGAGCCGCUACCAUUCAGGCGGAAACCGAUGGUAAACUGUGGGCAAUGGAUCGUCAAACAUUCCGAAGAAUUUUGCUUAAAUCUGCAUUCAGGAAACGGAAAAUGUAUGAAGCUCUGCUGGAUGCUGUUCCGAUGCUGAAAACACUGCAGAACUAUGAACGGAUGAAUUUGGCUGAUGCUCUGAUACCUCAAACGUAUGCUAAAGGCGAUCGAAUUAUUAAGCAAGGCGAUGCUGCUGAUGGCAUGUACUUCAUUGAGGAUGGCAAAGUGUCCAUUCGCAUCCAGCAGGAUGCUGGCGAGGUAGAAAUUUCCAAUUUAGAAAAGGGUGGAUACUUUGGCGAGCUUGCACUGGUGACACACAGGCCACGAGCCGCUUCCGCAUACGCAGUCGACAAUGUAAAAGUGGCAUUUUUGGAUGUGGAUGCAUUCGAACGUUUGCUCGGACCAUGCAUGAAUAUCAUGAAGCGCAACAUUGGCGACUAUGAAACGCAGCUAGUGAAAAUUUUUGGCAGCAAAAACAACAUCACCGACAUCCGAUAA